UGUCAGAGCCUGCAGAUCGUAGAUGUUCUGUCUCGUCGGUCUCGCUGAUAGAGAUCAAGGCUGAGACUCAUCUAGUCCUCCAGGCAUUCCUUGAACGAGCUCUAUCCACAUCUCACAAAGAGAGGCCCGGCAGGAUCGCUGGAGCCUAUGAGGAUUAUAACCAGUACAGCUUGACACUACAGUCCAAACAAAAGGAUGGAUCUGAUUCUCAAGCAGAAAAGGAAGAUGAGAAGAAGACUGGAUUCAAGGACCUCAUGAAGAACUUCCCUCGCACUUCAAUUAUCCGUGGUAAAGGAUCACUGGGCAAGAGCAGCAAGGCAAAGCAGUCCCACCAAACAGACGAUAGCUUGUCUCCCUCCUCAUCGUCGGAUGAAGAUGAAAGUGAAAAGAAGAUGAAGUUAAGACAAGCAAACAUUAAAAAAAAGCUUGCUUCGUUCUUCAAAAAGAAGGUAAAGGAGAUAAAAGAGCAGAGUGACCUGCCAUCUGGCAGGAGUGCAACCAAUGACCUGGUCUCUCCUGGUCACUCAGCUGACUACUACGAUGAAAUAGCACAGAAGCUGGAAAACAUUGUAAAGAAGUCCACCAAGAUAAAGAGCCCAAGUCCAGGAUUAAAGCCUCCGUCUGUGGAUGAUAACGAAGCACUGGCACAGCAACUUGUGAAGCUGCUGUGUUCAGAAGGCGAUGUUAUGAACACUAAGAUCCAGGAGAAUCCAGAGCUGAUCAACAAAUUAUCACGGCUUUCCUACAGAUCAUUCGAGAAUAUUUUAGACUUCUUUGGAAAAAGUCAGGCAGCUGAGGCUCCCCCCAUGAAACCAUCUGCUAGUCCAACUCUGCAACGAAUAGCUGUUUCUAUGGAGGUGUACCGGCGGAUGGUGACAGCCACAGGAACGCAACGGCUGAAUGGCCACGCAGAGCGCUACAUGGACAACUUUGUCCCAUGGGUCAAAAGUCAUGGAGGAUGGGAAAAUGUGCUCAAUAUAGAGAGGACAGAGGAGUGGGAUUGACUGCCCAGAUGUCUGUUUAUUGCAAACAAAUGCUGAACUGGAUGAUGCCUGCCAUCUAACAGAGAGACAGAGGAACCCUGCUUCUCUUCAGAAACUGACCAACAGAGUUUUAUCUGCUCUGUCGCAUUACAUGGAACGAGUCUGUUUGAUUGCUGUUGGAUCAGAGGAAUCGAUCAAAACAAUGUUACCCAGAGUUUGUUUUAAGGACCUGUCUGUCAGUUUGAAAGUAAGAACUGUUUUCACUUCCACUAGUGUGUGAUUACCAUAUUUACCACAUCUAAGCCCACUACAACAGGUAAGCUGAACUAUGUAUUGGAGGAAACAAACAAACAAAAAACUACUCAUAUGUUACAUAUUGGAUUAUGUAGUCCCACAGUGAGACAGAAAUCUCCUUGUAUACAUGAUGUUUUAUGGCAAGUUUUAUUGUCAGGUAUGUUCAGUGUGAGUGGCAAAGGCACAGGAGCAGCUUUUUUUUUAGUAUUUUUAAAAUUGGAAACGCUCAUGGAAGAUUGUUUACAAUGUUUAGCUUGCUAUGACCAAAAAAAAUAUCAGCAAGACAUGGCCAAGUCCGACCUUCUCACGGUGUGAUAAAAACUAACAGUAUCACUUUGUCACAGUUUGUAAACGUGAAUUUAAAAUGAAAUAUUCAGAACAUCAUGAAAUAUCUUUUUAAGGGGAAAAUUUACAAUAAUUUCUUGUGAUGCCAACAAUACAUGCCAUAUUCCAGUUGUAAUAUUGUAAUUUAUAACAUUUAUGUAUAUUUAUUUUGAUUGAUACAUUGAGUGAGACAAAAAUAUACAAUCUGGUGAAGCUUUUGUUGUUGGUUCCAAGUGAAUGUGGUGUUGAAGAUUAUCUCUUUUAGCUGUUUUGCUCUUCAUUGAGCAGCACAAGCACAGCGGCAGAUAUUUGCUGGGUAAUCAGCCCGGGUGGUGCUGCGGCAGAGGAGUGGCUGUACAGCCACCCUGCAAUUUUCUCAGGCAACUCAAUAAAAACCCCUUUAGACUGUAGGAACAACAUGAGAGAAUUUAUGCGGUUAGGAAACUGAAAUUUUUAGCAUACUAUGAUAUUUUAACCGGCCCAAGGCUCUUAGAAACCGUUUCUUCACUAGCCAUAGUUGAUCAUGUAUCCUGAACAUGUUCUGAAAAACCUUUUAGUUAGAAUAGUUAGUUUUACAGAAAUGACGAGCAUGUCAACAUGACUUCCCAUUUCGAUGCCCCAUAGAUGCAUAGAUAAAUGAACAUUAUGUGAUUUAGAUUGAUUAUACUAUGUGAAAAUUGUUUGGGAAAAUUCAGUGGUUGUUGAAGUUUAUGGGUUCAACUGCAACUGACUGAUGGCCAGCUCCUAAACCUGACCAUAUGUUUUUUUAAAGACAUAAAAAUGUGUUUCCUUUUAGUCAAAAUAUUGGCAUAGGCUUCUCAUUUUGAGUUGAAGAGUUUCUGAUGAGUACAUCUAAUAUGUACUGAUCUAAAUGGUACGAGUACUGUUAAAAAGCAUUUGUUCAAAUGUCAGCUGCUAAUACAUUACUGUACUAUUAUCACUACUUUUGUUUUUUGGUGGGGUUUUCUAAAAAAACAAAAAAAAAAAAACUACAAAAUAUUUGAUAAAUACAAAAAGAUUUGGGGAUGGUGCUGGAUCAGGACUUUGUGGAACAUGUUUACAAUAAUCUUCUGUUGAUAGACCAACAGGAUGUCAGAGUUCUUUUAGUCAUUCUUGUUCACAUCUGGUUUGAAAAUAAUUUCUGUUAAUGUGAAAAAGAGUGUAUAUUUCUCCUUUGUGUUUGCUCUCUGACAGGAGAUUCCUGAUACUACAGUCAGUACUAAGCCUGCUGUGUUCUGUUAGUUUAAGGAGCAGCAGGAGAUGUGACACAGGUUUAAAGUAGUUUCUAAGCCACCUGGAACACAACCUAAACUCUGCAUUGCACAACAGUGAAGAAGGGAAGCUGUGAUGUUUUUGCUAUUUAAAUAUUAUUGUAUUUUAGAUUUUUGCCUAGUCAUAUAAGGCAGAGUAAAAAAGUUUUAUGUCUUUAUUUAUUCUGAGAAAUUGCUGAUGUAAAAAAAAUAAUGUUCUAUAGUCAGCAUCCAAUGUCUCUAACUGACUGUUAAAUUAAAUGUUGAUAUAUGUCCUCCCUUGUUUUUUUUAUUAAACUUGAAAGAAUAUAUUGA